AUGACGGCGAUUUUUCUUUCUCUCUCUCUCAUUUCAAAAUAACCAGAGGAGAGAGAAAGUAGAGAGAGAGCACCGAUGAUGAAAAGAGAGAGAGGUCAAAUAAACAACAGUAGCAUUUCUUACGCGUAAAUCCAAUCCUCCAUCACUCUCUCUCUCUCAUACACUCAGAAACCCUAAUAACUCGCUUAAUGUGUGUAUUGAUCGAGGCUAAUUAAGAUAUGGAUCAUGAUAAGAUCCGAUACGGUCAAUCGAUCAGCCAAUUUUCUCCUGAUUCGAGCUGGAUAAUCUGCGAAGAUGAUGAUACUGACGCCGCCUACUUUUUCGCCACUGACAGGGAGGAGAACACUAUACUAAGCCAAUUCGGCUGGAAUUUAAGGCCUCUCGGAUCGUCUGAGCAGGGGAAUGAUGCUACAAUCGGAGGCGUUUGCGGAAUCGGAGUCGCGGAUGAGAUAGACAGGUCCGAUUCGCAGAAGCAGCAGCAACAGAUGGAGGAAGGCGCCGCAAGGGGAGGAGAAGCGUCAACAACAGUCGUUUCGAAUCCAUCGGUAUCUUCGAGCUCAUCUGAAGAUCAGCCGGAGAAGUUGUUAUCCGGCGAGAAACUGCCGCCAUCACCUGCUGAGACAGUGAGUAAAGUUAGGAAGACUGGGGAAAAGAGAAUUCGACAGCCACGAUUUGCAUUCAUGACGAAGAGUGAAGUUGAUCAUCUGGAAGAUGGUUAUAGGUGGAGGAAAUAUGGUCAAAAGGCUGUUAAAAAUAGUCCAUUCCCAAGGAGCUAUUAUAGGUGCACAAACAGCAAAUGCAUAGUAAAGAAAAGGGUUGAACGAUCAUCCGAAGACUCAACUAUUGUCAUCACUACAUAUGAAGGCCAGCAUUGUCAUCACAGUAUUGGAUACCCUAGAGGCGGAUUUAUCACCACUACAAGUCAUGAUUAUUCUUCAUACAUGAACCAAAUGAACCACCACCACCACCACCCAUCAUCGUCAUCAUCAACAAUAUUGCAAUUUAACUAUCAAGGAAAUCAAUUUUCCCAUCAAGGUCUAAUUCCCAGCAGCAGUCUAUCGACACAUGAAUCACCAUCAACAAGUCAUGAAUUAUCAGCUAGAGAGACUCAUCAUGUUCAUCAAACAUCGAUAUUUCCUCAACCCAACCCAACAAUGGAUGAAGGGCUUCUUGGCGACAUUGUGCCUCCAGGAAUGCGCAAUCAAUGAAAGAUAUCAAUAUCAGAUUUGUGGGUUACCACCACUACAUGAGUUGAAAAGUUCAUCACUUUUCAAAAAAAAAUAUGAAGAGGGUUCUGAUUCGCAUGCAUGCAAUGGAGGAGAAAGCCAAGUUUUGGAUGAUCUUCAAAGUUUGGCCCAUAGCUAGCUAGCUAGCUAGCUUCUAUAUAUGACUUCUUCAAGAUCAUGUGUUAGUCUUCUCUUCUCUUCCUUCCUAUUAGUUAAUAUUUAUUUGCUUUUCCAUUUCUCUCUCAAUUAGUAGCUUAAUUAUAUAAUAGAUUAUAUCAUUGAUCUCAUCGAUCUGUGGAUAUAUUUUAUUUAUAAUUUAUCCUCACCAAGCUACUGCGG